AUGGAUGACCUACUACCAUCUUACGAAAGCGCGAUCCAGCAAGACCCAUGGACGCUCAUUGCACCGUAUUUGCCCUCAGAUGCCAUCUGUGCUGCAGCUCUUGUAUGCAAGAAGUGGCACGAGAUCUUCACACCUCACCUGUGGGGUAGUCCCGCAUCACAUUUUGGUGUGGAGAAUGACACCGUUUAUGUCGCUCUGACGCGCUUUAAGCGUACCUUGCCGUAUGCACGAUCCAUUGUGCGUGGGCUUACGCACACUCUCCAGUUUCCGCCAGCACAUGCCGAGAUAUAUGGAGGACCACACUCUGAAUGGUUACGAGACUGCUUUGAACGACUCCCACAUCUUCAAUGCCUUAUGGUUAACGGGUUGCCAUUCUUCGACCAUGCAGCGCUCCUGACAUUACGACACGCCAGCUCAUGGUGGAACGCUAAUCGUCCGACCGCCUACCCGGUGUUCGGUCUGCGCUUGUUGGAUGCUUCAGGUUGUACAAACGCGACAUCCACCGGACUUUCCGAAGCCCUGCCUCACUUUCCGGAUCUUGUGUCUUUAGACUUGUCGAGGACACCAGCUGCUCGAUCCGAAGUAGUCCUCAGCAAGCUAAAGUACCUCCGCAAUUUGCGGGUGCUGAACUUGGAAGGACUUGGACUGAAAGAUGACGAAUUCUCAAUCAUCGCACCUUCCAUAGGGACCCGCGUGAGAAGCCUGAACGUAAGCGAUAAUCAUCUGACAGAUGCUAGCGCUAGACUACUAUUGGAGCACUGUCUGAAAGAGACUACAAUACCAGAGCACGUAACCAGGUCUCCUUUACCUCCCGUCGAACAUGGUCGGCUAAGUGGCGAUCUGGACGCAUACGAAUCGGAAGAUCUUGUCAGUCAUCUUCGCCAACGAUUGACCAAGGGCUUUGUUGGUAGCCUGGCCAUUGAAGAGAGUAGAGAUAUGGGCAUUACUCAUCUGUAUCUGUCGAGGAACGCUGUGACGGUUGAAGGAAUCUCUGGGCUCCUUCGAUCAAAACGCCUUGGUGUUCUCGAUGUCGGGGUACUGCCUGCGGUCCUGAUGAGACCUGUGCAGCCUUCGUAUGAGGACGUGAAUGGCAGUAUGGAUCUCCCGGGUGUUGCCAAGAUGACUCCUGUCUUGUCCGAAUUUGCUGCUACGAAGAUGAAGUAUCUGAGGGUCAACUACCAUAUUGUGACUGAGGAUGCACCUGUAGACGCAUUUCCAUUACCGCGCGCAGAGCUUGAUGGAGAUCUUGGCCGUUACGCACCAUCUAAUGCACACGAACUUGAAACACCCCAGCAGCAGAUACUGGCCGAACUCGAGACCGUUCAGCGGUCGAUGCCGAUGCCUGAACUUGGUUCCACGGAGAACCCUGUCUUUGAACUUUCGGGGAGUUCUGCUUUCGCCGUAGAGUUACCCGGGUCUUUUCCAACCGAAGUUCCGCUGGCAAAAUGUAAAAAUGGUAAUCUUGCACGAACGCCAUCAAUCAAAGUUACCUCAGAGCCGCAAGAGGCCAAACGUGGUGCAGCAUAUGCGCCAGAACCUGUCUUUGUAGACUCACCGAUGUCGCCCGUCAGCCCUCUUUUACCAGGCCAUAAAGAUCAAAGGCCGUUCUUGACUGGAGACUCUACACCCGACCACUCGGUAGCACUAUCACCAAUCCUAGCCGAUUGGCAUAAUGUCUCAAAUGAAGCUGUUGGCAGAAGGUCACGCCACAACUCCACCCACUUUGUCGAGGACCGCAGAGCCAGACUUGAGCUUCGACAAUCGCAAGAAAAUCGGCUGCAUCCAGGCAUGCUUCCCAAAGUCCACACUUUAGUCUUGACUGAUGUGCCAACGUCGACGAACGAUCCGGAACUCGUCCACCGACUCAUACAAUACAUCAAAGAUGCCGCGGAAGAGGCAUCGAUCGCCAAACAGCGUGCAAAGCACACCUACAUGUUGCCACCUGGGCGUAGUCGAAACGUUGCUGAGCGAGAGUAUGCACGCAGUCUCUUCGCACUGAAGCGCAUUGUGUUCGAGAUGGCGCCUCCCCAAGUAGCACACAAGAAGAUUUCCACAAGCUGGAGAGCAUACCCCACAAAAUCGUCGACCGAAGAUGCCGAUUCAGAAGCUUUCUGGGAAGCGGCAACACAUGACUUCUCCUUUUUUGACGACGAAGAAUGUGGUGUUCCGACAAGAGAACCCGGACGUGGGUUACUAUUGGCAGCGAUGAGUGGACUUGAGCUGGCUGUGCAUCGCCCUGCUCCACCUCCUAAACCAAGAAGGGUCGAGCCUGCAGUGCAGCCACAACUUGAUGUUGUUGCAGAGAUCGGAAAGUUUCGCAGGGACAGGAAGGCUGCAUACAAUAACCUGCUUGAUAUGGGAGAGUCUGACCCUGAAGUCGCAGGCUACUGGUCCGGAGACAUUACGGUUGUAAGGAAUCCGGUGGAUGCAGAUGCAGGAGAGCUAGACUGUUACGGCAAUAGAUACCAAGGGUGGGGUCUGUACCGGUGA